AUGGCUGAGGGUGAGGAUAUGCAGACCUUCACUUCCAUCAUGGAUGCACUGGUCCGCAUCAGUACAAGCAUGAAGAACAUGGAAAAGGAGCUUCUGUGCCCAGUGUGUCAAGAGAUGUACAAGCAGCCACUGGUGCUGCCCUGUACUCACAACGUGUGCCAGGCCUGUGCCCGGGAGGUGCUGGGCCAGCAAGGCUAUAUAGGCCAUUGUGGGGACCCCAGCUCUGAGCCCACCUCUCCUGCCUCCACCCCUUCCACCCGAAGUCCCCGCCUCUCCCGCAGAACUCUCCCCAAGCCUGACCGCUUGGAUCGGCUGCUUAAGUCAGGCUUUGGGACGUAUCCCGGGCGCAAGCGAGGUGCUCUGCACCCCCAAGUGAUCAUGUUCCCGUGCCCAGCCUGCCAGGGUGAUGUGGAACUGGGGGAGCGGGGCCUGGCAGGGCUGUUCCGGAACCUGACCCUUGAGCGUGUGGUGGAGCGGUACCGCCAGAGUGUGAGUGUGGGUGGUGCCAUCCUGUGCCAGCUGUGCAAGCCCCCACCGCUAGAGGCCACCAAGGGCUGCACCGAGUGCCGGGCCACCUUCUGCAACGAGUGUUUCAAGCUCUUCCACCCCUGGGGCACCCAGAAGGCCCAGCACGAGCCCACCCUGCCCACCCUCUCCUUCCGCCCCAAGGGCCUGAUGUGCCCAGACCACAAGGAAGAGGUGACCCAUUACUGCAAGACAUGCCAGCGGCUGGUGUGCCAGCUCUGCCGGGUGAGGCGCACCCACGGUGGACACAAGAUCACGCCAGUGCUGAGUGCCUACCAGGCCCUCAAGGACAAGCUGACAAAGAGCCUGACAUACAUCCUGGGAAACCAGGACACAGUACAGACCCAGAUCUGUGAGCUGGAGGAGACCGUGAGGCACACUGAGGUGAGUGGUCAGCAGGCCAAGGAGGAGGUGUCCCAGCUGGUUCGGGGACUGGGGGCUGUGCUGGAGGAGAAGCGGGCAUCACUACUCCAGGCCAUUGAGGAAUGCCAGCAGGAGCGGCUGGCCCGUCUGAGCGCCCAGAUCCAGGAGCACCGGAGCCUACUGGAUGGCUCAGGUCUGGUGGGCUAUGCCCAGGAGGUUCUUAAGGAGACAGACCAACCCUGCUUUGUGCAAGCAGCCAAGCAGCUGCACAACAGGAUUGCCCGGGCCACGGAGGCCCUCCAGACGUUCCGGCCAGCUGCCAGCUCCUCCUUCCGCCAUUGUCAGUUGGAUGUAGGGCGUGAGAUGAAGCUGCUGACAGAGCUUAACUUCCUACAAGUGCCCGAGGCUCCCGUCAUUGACACCCAGCGCACCUUUGCCUACGACCAGAUAUUCCUGUGCUGGCGGCUGCCCCCCCACUCACCACCUGCCUGGCACUACACCAUCGAGUUCCGGCGUACCGAUGUGCCUGCCCAGCCAGGCCCCGCCCGCUGGCAGCGGCGGGAAGAGGUGAGGGGCACCAGUGCCCUGCUCGAGAACCCUGACACAGGCUCUGUGUACGUGCUGCGUGUCCGCGGCUGCAACAAAGCUGGCUACGGCGAGUACAGUGAAGAUGUGCACCUACACACACCCCCAGCACCUGUCCUGCACUUCUUCCUCGACGGCCGCUGGGGGACAAGCCGGGAGCGGCUGGCCAUUAGCAAGGACCAGCGAGCAGUGCGGAGUGUGCCGGGGCUGCCACUGCUGCUGGCUGCGGAGCGGCUGCUCACCGGCUGCCACCUGAGCGUGGACGUGGUCCUGGGCGAUGUGGCUGUGACCCAAGGACGCAGCUACUGGGCCUGUGCCGUGGACCCGGCCUCCUAUUUGGUCAAGGUGGGCGUCGGCCUGGAGAGCAAGCUUCAGGAAAGCUUCCAGGGUGCCCCCGAUGUGAUCAGCCCCAGGUACGAUCCGGACAGUGGGCAUGACAGUGGUGCCGAGGAUGCCACAGUGGAGGCGUCCCCGCCCUUCGCUUUCCUGACCAUCGGCAUGGGCAAGAUCCUCCUGGGGUCUGGGGCCAGCUCAAAUGCAGGGCUGACAGGGCGGGAUGGCCCUGCCGCCAGCUGCACUGUGCCCCUGCCACCCCGCCUGGGCAUCUGCCUGGACUAUGAGCGGGGCCGUGUCUCCUUCCUGGAUGCUGUGUCCUUCCGCGGGCUCUUGGAGUGCCCUCUGGACUGCUCAGGGCCUGUGUGCCCUGCCUUCUGCUUCAUUGGGGGUGGUGCAGUGCAGCUUCAGGAGCCCGUGGGCACUAAGCCUGAGAGGAAGGUCACCAUUGGGGGCUUUGCCAAGCUGGACUGACCCUUUCUGGCCCCUCCUGGGCCCUGGUCCCCAGGCCUGCUGGAGCUGGGUUAUUCCUCCGGCAGCUUCUCCCCAAACUCUUCCUGCCAUGUCGUCCUGUCCCUUUCCCUAUGUCUGUGUAUUCCCGGGGCCUUCUCUUGACCAAGGGACUCUCCCCUGUUCACCCUUCUAGAUGUCCCCCAUUUUCUCCAUUGCCUGUUAAGCCAGGCUCCAGCCCCCACCAAGUCUCUGCCCCACACCCUGCCCAUGGCAUCUUACCCAAUUCACGGAGAGAGCCCCUGCCCCAUCCUUGUCCUGUACCCCUCCCUAGGCUGACUGGGAGGGAAGGCAUCUGGAACACUGGGCAUGGCCCCCAGCUCUGCGCUCUGCCCUUGGCCCUGCCCAGCUCCCUGCCCCAUGGAUGCUGAGCUCCAGCCUCGGGGCAGGCAGGCACUCCCUGGUGAGAGGAUGGGGGCCCUGUCAUCCUGCUUGAGUUGUCCGGGUCCCAUGUCCCUCAGCCGCAUGCCUGUAUCUCUCCUCUCUUGCAUGCUUCACCCUGUCCCACACCCAUGCCAAUGUGCCAAGUCUCCCUUGGGGCCCCAGCUGAAGUUGGGUGUCCCCAGUGGGUUCGGCUAGGCAAGGCCUUUGGGGCUCCCUGCUGCCCCCUGCAGUAGGCACUGCCAGGCCUGUGCCAAGCAACAGCUGUUAUUUUCAUGGUUUAUAAACAAUAAAUGACGUUGCCAGGCACA